AUGUCUGGAACACAAUUAAAAAGAUUCAAGGGAUGUGAAUAUUUGACGCAUCGACUGGCUCUUGCAACUCUUUCAGGAACACCUAUAAGAGUGGAAGGAAUUUAUCCAAAUGAAGCAGAUCCAGGUUUGAAGGACUAUCAAAUAUCGUUUCUCAGACUUCUCGAAAAGCUGACAAACGGAUCUGUUAUUGAGAUUUCUUACACAGGUACUUCCUUCAUAUAUCGUCCUGGCAACAUUGUCGGUGGACGUGUGGAACAUGCUUGUCCUGAAUCAAGAGCGAUUGGUUACUUCUUGGAGCCAAUCCUGUUGUUAUGUCUUUUCGCAAAAACACCAACCUCGUUGACUUUGACAGGCGUUACAUCGAACAAUGAAGAUCCAGGUGUAGACGUGCUUCGUACAAGCGUGCUGCCUUUCUUACAAAAGCGGUUCCAAGUUGGUGACGAUAUGGAAUUGCGGAUUUUGAAGCGCGGCGCUUCUCCCAAUGGCGGUGGUGAAGUCAACUUUUUGUGCCCUAUCACAAAAGUCUCUUUACCACCAGUUCGAGUUUCCGAAGCUGGACGUGUGUUUCGGAUUCGUGGCAUCGCCUCCUCGACUCGUGUUGCUCCCAUACUUGCUAACCGACUGGUAGAAAGUGCUCGAGGUACUUUGAAUCCCUUUUUGCCGGAUAUUUUCAUUUACACAGACGUACGCCGCGGAGACGAAUGCGGUAACAGUCCAGGAUUUGCGAUUACCCUCGUAGCAGAAACAAACAAAGGCUGCUCGUAUGCUGCCCAACAGUGCGGCGAAGCCGGCCAAACGCCUGAAGACGUGGGUACUUUAUGCGCUCAAAAGUUGCUGGAAUCGAUUGAGUCAGGAGGCUGUCUUGAUCGCUACACUCAACCAUCCAUUCUCACCGGUAUGCUUUUAUCGUCCGAAGAUGUCAAUUCCAUUGUCAUUGGACAGUUGAACAUCACUUCACAAUUAGUCACAUUUCUUCGUGAUGUAAAGGCAUUCUUUGGCAGGGAGUAUCGCUUUAAAGAAUUCGAAACUGGUCACAUUGAAAUGUCUUGUCUCGGAAAAGGUUACCUAAACGUAAAUCGUCGCAUUCAGUAA